AUGACACCUACAAACAGUUGUCGUGAUAUUCGCUCCUACUUGUGGGAAACAAAGCAUGACUUGACACUUCACCCGAUCACAAUUUCAAUUCUGGCAACAAUCUACAUUUUCAUCGUAAUAGUGGGAUGCACUGGAAAUCUACUAGUGGUAAUGUCUGUGGUACGAUUCAAAGCUCUGCAAUCCGUUAGGAAUAUGUUCAUUGUGUCGUUAUCAGUGUCAGAUCUCUUUGUCGCAAUUUUCAGUGGCUCGGUCACACCGAUUUCAGCUUUUUCCAAAGUGUGGCUCUUUGGAGCACCACUUUGUCGCUUCCUACCCCUUUUGCAGGGAACCGCAUUGAGUUUCUCGACUUUGACUCUCACUGCAAUUGCCAUUGACAGAUACAUUCUAAUUUGCCAUCCAACCUCGGAACCAAUCCGCAAGAAUCUUGCUUUCAAAAUGAUCAUUUUCAAUAAUGCAAUUGCUAUCGCACUUUCCGCUCCAUUGUUCCUCAAACAGGAGCUUGUAAAGUAUAGUAACUUUUGUGGAGAGUUUUGCACUGAAAAUUGGCGAGAGGAUGCCCAUUUGAGAAGUAUUUAUGGUAGCAUGGUGUUUAUCAUCCAGUUUGUCUUCCCACUCGCUAUUAUCACAUUCUGUUACGCAUCCAUUUCAUUUAAAUUACGUAACGGAGUCUUUACUGUCACAUUUGCCCUUUCCUGGCUACCAGCUGUUGGUUUCAAUUUCCUUCGGGACUACUCGGCUCUUCCAGGAUUUAUUGCUGAUCAGGAUUAUCUCUUCGGAAUUAUCUCUCACUGUAUCUCUAUGGCGUCCACGAUCGUCAACCCAUUCCUCUAUGGUUACUGUAACGAACACUUCCGAGCUGCAUUUGUUACUCUUUGGGAUUCAGUCAAAACUGCUUGUGGAAUGAGACGAGUGAGUCCGGGAAACAAUCCAGCUUGCUCUCAGUUGCUCAGCACUCAUUUUGAGAGCACUACCAGACGAUCUAUCACCACUGUUCCCAGUUCCAUUUAA